AUGAGCUGUGUCUGUAGAAACAUGUUUUUCUUGCUUGUCUUGGCAAUGAUAGCCAUUAGUCCUUCAAUUUCAAGCUCUUCAGAACCCGGUAAAGAGCAUACACUUAUCUUCGAGAUGUACAAGACAUGGCAUGUUCAUGCUGUCAAUGGAAUGAGCCAGAAUGAGAUAUUGUUUCUGCAUUGCAAAUCUGGGGACAAUGAUUUGGGCAUUCGUAAUCUCACUGUAGGCACUGAAUUCGAUUGGAAAUUCAAGCCACAGAUAUUCGGGAAAACGCUAUUCUGGUGCUACAUGGCUUCGGACCAUGGCCAUGCUUCUUUCAACGUGUUUUGGAACGAUGAUGAUCUUUUCUAUAGAUGCGCUUGGAAAAACUGCAUUUGGAUUGCUAAAGAUGAUGGGAUUUACUUGAAAAACAUUCCUCAGAAGUAUGAUGAAUUUCGUCACAAAUGGGAACCAGGAAGAUUAUUGGAUGCAAAUUCGACUGUACUAUUGCAAUUAACUCAGUUCAAUGCUAACUCACUCUCUACCAAGUCCCCAUUAAAUGCAUCCUCUAAGAACUUGAAUGUAUACUUUCUUAAUGAUUACUAA